CGAGUGGCAAGUGGUGAAGGUGUGGGGGAAAGCUAGAAAUCGACAAAAACAAACCGUCUUCUCUCGAUAUGACUCAUCUCUCUGCAUAGUCUUCUUCUCUUAACACAGGAGAAUCUUCUCUCUUCUCUCAUUUCGAAGACGACGAACAAAUCUCCAAGGAAGGCGUGAAGAGUAAAAGUAUAACUGUUACCUUCCUCAAUGCAUUAAUUUGUUCGCCGGCGCAUUCUCUCGGAGUCUAAGAAGAAUCUGCUCCCUGUUUAGUCAAGCCUCCUCAUGAACUGAGCAGACCUCUGAUCCGACGUCGUACUCGAUCUCAAUCAAAAAUGUCGUCGUCGGAUUAACUCGGAUCCGUAAUAUUACCUCACUCGAAGGAACUUUCUCGCGGUUAAUUGAUUUUGAGAGUUAAUGUCACACUCAUGGGAUGGACUCGGGGAGAUAGCGUCAGUAGCUCAGCUCACGGGCCUAGACGCAGUCAAGCUCAUAGGCCUCAUAGUCAAAGCCGCGAACACCGCGUGGAUGCACAAGAAGAACUGCCGCCAGUUCGCUCAGCACCUCAAACUCAUCGGCAACUUGCUCGAACAGCUCAAGAUCUCGGAGAUGAAGAAGUAUCCAGAGACUCGCGAGCCUCUCGAAGGGCUCGAGGAUGCUCUGAGGAGGUCUUACAUUUUGGUUAACAGUUGUCGUGACAGGAGCUAUCUUUACCUGUUGGCUAUGGGAUGGAACAUUGUUUAUCAGUUCAGGAAAGCUCAGGACGAGAUUGAUCGUUUUCUCAAGAUCAUACCACUCAUCACUUUGGUUGAUAACGCUCGUGUUAGGGAGAGGUUAGAGUACAUUGACCGUGAUCAGUUCGAGUACACUCUCGAUGAAGAGGAUAGACACGUGCAAGAUGUUAUUUUGAAACAAGAAUCCACCAGAGAAGCGGCUUCCGUGCUCAAGAAGACUCUCUCUUGCUCGUACCCUAACUUGCGUUUCUGUGAUGCUCUCAAAACCGAAAACGAGAAGCUGCAGCUCGAGCUUCAGCGUUCUCAGGAGCAUUAUGAUGUGGCUCAGUGUGAAGUCAUUCAGCGUUUGAUUGGUGUGACUCAAACUGUUGCUGAGGUUGAUGGCGGCUCUGAGAAGGAGCUGUCCAAGAAAGCUUCUAAUAAAAAGGCUGACCGUAGUGUAAGCCAUAAGAUGGAGUAUUCGUAUGAGGAAGAUCCUCCCAUGAAAAGCACUAGUCGUGCAGCUUCAAGAUCCACUUCUUCUGUUACAUCAGGACAUGAUAUGCUUUCACGAAGAGCAUCACUACACCAUGAAGAAUGGCACACUGAUUUACUAGCUUGUUGCUCGGAACCUUCUCUUUGCUUGAAGACAUUUUUUUUCCCGUGUGGUACUUUGGCAAAGAUUGCCACUGCAGCAACUAACAGACACAUCUCUUCAGCUGAAGCAUGUAAUGAGCUAAUGGCAUAUUCUUUGAUACUUUCUUGUUGCUGCUACACUUGUUGUGUAAGGAGGAAACUCCGGAAAACACUCAACAUUACGGGAGGGUUCAUUGACGAUUUUCUAUCUCAUUUGAUGUGUUGUUGCUGUGCUCUUGUCCAAGAACUGCGAGAAGUUGAGAUUCGUGGGGCUUAUGGUACGGAGAAGACGAAAAUAAGUCCACCUUCGUCGCAGUUCAUGGAACAUUGAAUUCUUAUACAAAAAGGUGAACUAAACAACGUUAUGACACGAGCUUCUUCGUGCUACUUUCUUACUGUCUUUUUGUCUUUGCAUGUAAAUGAGUUUGGGAUUCCCAUCGACUUUUCAGUAAUUGUGCUGUGUAUCGUAUAGACUAUGGACUAACUAAAACCUCGCCUUUGACUUUGAUCAUAUGAUGAUGAUAGUGGUGUUACGUUCAA